AUAAACAAUAUGGUGGCUCUAUUGAUUGUUGAUGUGUGAGACAAGCAACUGUUGCUAUCGGUGAAAAAAAAUACCCUUCUAUUUUAAACUUCGAAACCAACUUAUGAACACAAAAUUAUCAAAAUAAUAUUAUAUACCAAUUUCAGAGGAAAAAAAUCAAAUUUUUGGAACGAAGUUGUUUCUUAAGUAACUUUGUUAUUAAUCUUCGCAAGAAACGUUUUAGCAAUGUAAUUAAUUUCUUUAGUGUGAAGAGAUGGCUGCACCAGCUGCAGACGACCGAACUGAAUUCUCUAGGAUGGAAGAGAAACUUGACAGUUCAGGUGAACUGGUGAAGAGAAUCAAACAAUUAUUCAUUUGUUUGGAACCAUACAUCCAUGAUGCUAGAUCUCUUCAACAAGUUGAAGAAACACUACGGCACCUUGAGGAAUAUAACGAUAACUUCCACAGGCUUGGUUUUGUGAAGCAGCUAAGAAGACAGGUAGAAAACAUUCUUGGUCCAUUGAUAGAUGAAGAGAUAGACAAACAUUCUUCAGAAAUCUCCUUGAAUAGUACCACCAAAGAAGAAGGACUGACAUUGGUUGAGAGAAUUACAGACACCAUAAUUAAUUCAAAGCUCCAUAAAGAAUUUCACGGCAAGUUAAAAGUAAGCUUUUUAAAAGCAUUGGAUAUUCUUCAGAAAAAUUUUGAUUCUGAAUUUGGAGUGAAUAAAUCCAAAAACACUGAGUGUAUUGAACCCUACAGCACCCAGGAAGAUAUCUCUGAUGAAGAAGGAUCUUGUGCAACAUCAUUUAACCAGAGCAGCCUGAUGUUUGUGUGUCAUGAAAAGCUGUUAAGUCUUACAAACAAUUUGGUAAAAACAAAGAGUUUAGCAUGCCGCCGGGAAGCUAUGCGAGCAUUGAAGCAAGUAUCAAUGGCAGCUGAUAUAAUUGGCAGUGAUCACUGGUCCUUAAUCAGGCAGCACUUGUUUGAUGUGUUCUGUGAAUCUGAUGAACAACUAUCAGCUCUCAGUUUAAAGUUCAUUUCACAUGCUUUCAACAAUAUGAACCCUCACACUAAAGAAAUUUACAACUUACUUGUGGAGUCUUUGAUAUUCCAAAUUCUAUCACAUGAGGAUCAUCCAUCGAUAUCACUACAAAAUGGUUUAAAUGUCAUGGCACCAGAAAUGGUAAAAAUUUUUAAAAUGUUUCGUUUAAUGCACAAGUUUCAAUUGGAGGUUCCAAAAUACUGGAUGCGAUAUUCUGAAAAAUUUCUCACCGAAGUCUUAGAAAGUAGCCUCAAGUUAAUUUGUUGCAGCAAGACCAGCAAUGCCAGUAGCCAAACAUCAUUAGAAGCUUUGCAUUUAUUUGCCUUGUUUGACUAUAAAGCAACAUGGUUUUCAAAAUGGAUGCAUGGUGUUUGCAGUCGGGCUACUUUGUUGAAACUCUUAAAAACUUACCAAUACUUGGUUGAAAAUUCAGUAAGAUAUGUGUUAAACUUUAUUGAAACCAAGCAAAACCAGAAGACAUUAACUCAGCACCAUCGUCACACAUUUCUGUCAGACGCCUCAAGAUCUCUAUAUUACUCUUCUGACCAACUACAAUAUGCUGUAAUGGUUCAUUCAAUGUCUGUUCUUGGCUGUCUCCUUUUAUUCAAAGCUGGCCGGCAGUUGUUUCCAGUUCAUAUGUUGGACAUGCUCAUUUCAGUCAAUGUAACUCAACUUCUCCUGUUCAUGUGUAAUUUCAUUGUCACACCUAUAUUUCCUUCAGAUAUAUCUCAUUGUGAGUUGGUUGAUCCAGCCCAGCUUGCCACAAACAUCUUCAGGAACCUUGCCAGCAAAGAGGAUGCCUGUGCUGCAUGUCUCUGUAAAAAUGCCGUCACAGAAAGACUUAUCUCACCAAUAUCCCAGUGGCUCAUUUACUACAAGGCCAAUAAUCAACCUCAAGAUAUUAAUGAAGUUACAAUGGUACAAACAGCAAAUAUACUCUGCGAAAUGACUUUGACUUCCUGUGGAAGGAAACAUCUUUUAUAUGGAGAAGAUCAAGAUCUGACAACAAAGUCAAGGACUACUGUUGCCCAUCAACUUGCUCAGUUUACUGAGAUUUGCUUGAUGAAUUCAGGAGAUGAAAAAUUUAAUUGGCCAUCUCAGAAGACAAUUGCAGAAACUUUAUAUGUGUGUCGCCUACUGUACAGUACUUGUGAAGGUUUACAUAUCCUACAGAAUUAUCAGCUCCACAACUGCAUAAAAUAUGCCUGGGUUGAGGCCUGUCUCGAAGCUGAGAAUUCUAAGACACCAAUACCAGAAGAAGAUGACAAAGAAAAAGAUACUUUAAAAAGCAACUCUAAAAGCUGCUGGCAGUUGGUUCUUGAAGACAGCUUACUUAGUUUUGCCAAUACUGCUCGAGGUGUUGCCCUCAUCACAAAGGUUGAAGUUAUCGAUAAAUGUGUUGCCAACAUGAAUGAACGUUUUCAGAAACAGCUUCAAGUCAGCAAAUUUGAAAGGUUUGGCUAUGGCACAAUGGUCAGUAAACUUGCUGCAGUUGCUCCUGGAAUAACAGCUCUAAAUAAUACAGGAUUUAUCAAGAAUCUCUUAGAAGACACUUGGACAACAUUGGAAUGUGGCACAUCUGAUAUACCACCCACAACCCCUAAACAGUGGAGCACUGAUGUCAUUGACAGAACUAGUCACAAGAAACUGCGUAACCUAAUUUCAUUGUUGUUUUGCACGGUACCUACUUUUGAACUGUUGGCUGGAGAAAAGCUUCCAAAAAAGGAUCAAUAUGAUUUCCGGGAAAUCCCAACAACAAUAGCUGAGCUCAUUGAUCGAAUAGUUCUAAUUGACAGUUCAGCAAAAAUUCAUUCAUUAUUCAACUAUGAUGAAUCCCAUAUUUUUGGAUUACGUUUUUUAAGUGAUCUCAUCUAUUCUUUGGAUAUCUGCCUCUUGUUGCAAGCUCAGUACCAAUUCCAGGAACUGCUCCUUAAAGCCCAAGAACAACACACUUCACAUAACAGCAGUACCAUCAUCAUAGACAUGAUAUCACUUGAGAGAAAUUACAUUCUUGUCCAAUCAUUUCUUGUUGGUGGACCAACCGAACGCCAGUUACCUCCUCGAACUCUUCAACAGGAUUCAGAUAAUGUUUACUCUUAUCCUUUGUUUUCAAAAUAUCCUGUCCCAGAUGUAUACACACUUCCCAUAACGAAGUCAACCCAAUUAAAAGAUGAUCCUGACUUGCUAAAAUUAUUGCCCGACCAAGAUGUUCCACCUUCCAUGGAAUGGUUGACUGAAAUGCAGGAAGUAUUUUGCAAUAUUCUCUCUACUAAACCUCAGCAUAUACAGCGGACUGUGAACCAGCAACUUCUAGAACAAACUAUAUUAGUGCUACUAGAAUCUACUUCAACUGAAGUAUCUCAGACAAUAUCAGAUUUUUGUCCUAAUCUGUCUCCACAGCAACUUCAUGGUAUUACAUUAGCCAUUCGGCUACCAGAAUGUCUUCAAAGUAACUUCAAAGUGUUCGACUGGUUUGUUGCUUCCAUCUACCUUGUAUUUCAAGGAAAUAAAGAACAAGCUUUGAAGUUAUUAACCAAUAUAUCUCAUUUAACAAUAUCGAAGUUUCUAUGGCCAGUUUAUUCUCUAAUGGUGGUUGAACCCGUAGCAAGUGAGAUAUCUGUCCUUUACUCAACAACAGCUCAUUAUGUUGAUUUCCUAUUGCAAACUGAGUUGCCACUUGUAGCAGCUGCCUUCACAAUGUCUGGAUUUUCUUCUAUUCAGGUUUGUCAACAAUGGCUCCAGCAGUGUUUCUGGAAUUAUUUAGAUUGGUCAGAUAUUGUACACUACAUAUGUACAUGCUGUGUUCUUGGAGCUGACUACCAAAUCUAUUUAUGUAUUGCAAUUCUUCAUUACCUGCAGACAGAUAUUCUCAGUCAAGCCCAGCAACAAACCUUACUUAUAUUCCUCAAGGAAGAACCAAUUCGUGGAUUUCAUAUCUGUCAUUAUUUGAAUUUUAUGAAAAAGUUGGAAGUCACUUACCGAGACCUGCUUCUGUCUGAAAUGUGUGAUAAAAGAACCAAUAGUAAGAAAAAUGAUAUCAAAUAAUUUGACUUAUGAAUUGCAAUGACAAUUCAGAAUGGUUCCUAAGUCAUUUUAAAUUACUCUAGGUCAGUGAAAACUCAUUGGAAAGAAAAAGUUCAAAGAAUAAAGGGUUAUACGGCUACAUACAGAUUUA